CCCUGCUCUACAAGGUCAGACAUGAAUCAGGCACUGAUGUGGCAUGUGCUGGCAGCCCCAGUCUUUGUUAUCCUGAGUGGUGGUUCUUUAUCCAGGAAAGAUGAACCUUCCUGUCACCUGUGGGGAGAACCUCAAACCCCACAGCUUCAAAAGGAUGGAGACAUCAUGAUCGGAGGCGUUUUCUCAUUCCACAACAACUGGGAACGAGAACUUUUAUAUUCACAGGCUCCCCCGCCAUUGAAAUGCACAGACUUAAACCUCAGAUCAUUUCAGUAUGCUCAGACUAUGAUCUUUGCCAUAGAGGAGAUUAAUAACAGCACAUCUCUGCUUCCAAAUACCACUCUGGGCUAUAAGAUCUAUGACAUAUGUGGUUCAGUUGGUACAGCUGUGAGGACAGCCAUGACCCUGGCAAAUGAUCACCAAGGCCAAGCUUCUGAUACACUUUGUACCAAACCAUCUACAGUUCAGGCAAUCAUAGGAGAGUCGUCGUCAUCUCCUACUGUUGCAAUUUCAGCAUCUAUUGGACCCUUUCAUAUACCUGUGGUAAGUCACUUUUCCACCUGCGCUUGUCUGAGUGACAAAAGGAAAUAUCCAUCAUUCCUCAGAACCAUUCCCAGUGACUACUACCAGAGCAGAGCACUGGCCCAGCUGGUCAAAUACUUUGGCUGGACAUGGGUGGGGGCCAUCAGGACAGAUGAUGACUACGGCAAUAACGGAAUGGCCACUUUCAUAGAGACCGCCCAAAAUCUUGGAAUAUGCAUUGAGUACUCAGAACCUUUUUACAGAUUAUACCCAAAGGAAGACUUAUUACGAAUAAUUGAUGCUAUUAAGAGGUCCACUUCCCGAGUUAUAGUGGGCUUCCUGUCCUACGCGGACAUGGAUGUGCUGUUGCAGGAGAUGGCUCACCACAAUCUUACAGGGUACCAAUGGAUUGGCAGUGAGGCCUGGAUCGCUGACCCAUACAUAGCCACUGUCAAGGGCCACCAUGUCCUUAAUGGAGCAAUAGGAUUUUCUAUUGCAAAAGCAGAGGUGUCAGGCCUAAGAGAUUUCAUGCUGGAUGUUCUAUCAUUGAACUCAUCUGGUAAUACUAUUUUUCAAGAGUUUUGGGAAGGCUUAUUUGAAUGUAAAUUCCCCAGUGAUGUGGAUUCAGUCAAUGGUAAAGUAUGCAAGGGCACUGAGAAUCUGAGUGGGAUUGAUAACACGUACACCGAUAUGUCUCAGAUACAAAUCCUGAAUAAUGUGUACAAAGGGGUGUAUGCUGUGGCUCACGCGCUGCAUGAGUUAUUCACCUGCAAAUCUGAUCAAGAGGUGGCUGACAACCAAACCUGUGACACGAAGAGGCAACCCGAACCAUGGAAGUUUUUACAGCAACUGAAAAAAGUUCGAUUCAAAACAAAGGAGGGUGAAGAAGUGUUCUUCGACAAGAAUGGAGAUCCAGCAGCAAAAUAUGAUCUUGUAAACUGGCAGCAGCAGCCAGACGGCCAGAUUUAUAUUGCCACAGUGGGACGAUAUGAUGCAUCUUUACCCACAGAGAAACAACUAAAACUGAACAACGUAUCCAUUGUUUGGGCUAAAAAUUCAGAAAAGGUGCCAGUGUCAGUGUGCAGUGAGAGCUGUCCCCCAGGAACCCGCAAGGCCGUGCAGAAAGGAAAGCCUGUCUGCUGCUACGACUGCAUACUUUGUGCUGAGGGGGAGAUCAGCAAUACUACAGAUUCUAUCACAUGCAUGCAAUGUCAUCCAGAAUACUGGUCAAAUAAAUUGAAGGAAAAAUGCAUUCUGAAAGAAACUGAAUAUUUGUCCUAUGCAGAAAUUAUGGGAAUAAUACUCACAGUUGUUUCCCUACUUGGAACAGGCAUAACAAGUGCAGUGACAAUUAUUUUCUUCAGAUACAAGAACACACCUAUUAUAAAAGCCAACAACUCUGAGCUGAGCUUCCUGCUGCUCUUUUCCCUGACCCUCUGUUUCCUCUGCUCACUCACUUUCAUUGGACCACCUUCCAACUGGUCCUGUAUGCUGCGCCACACAGCGUUUGGGAUCACCUUUGUCCUCUGCAUCUCUUGUGUUCUGGGGAAAACAAUAGUGGUGUUAAUGGCCUUCAGGGCUACACUCCCAGGCAGUAAUGUCAUGAAAUGGUUUGGACCUUCUCAGCAGAGGCUCAGUGUUCUUGUAUUCACUCUCAUACAGGUGCUAAUUUGUGUGCUCUGGUUGACAUUAUCCCCUCCUUUCCCCAACAAGAACACGAAGUACUACAAAGACAAGAUCAUUCUAGAGUGUGAUGUGGGGGUCAGCAGUGGGCUUCUGGGCUGUGCUGGGCUACAUUGGUCUCCUCUCUGACCUAUGCUUUGCACUGGCUUUUCUGGCCAGAAAGCUCCCAAAACUGCUGCUUUACAACUAAACUUAUUCAUGCUAGAAACCAGAGCUGUUAACAUGCCCUCUGGAUCAUAUGGUCAUGUUAAAAGCUAUGCCAGUCUAAGUGUCACACAUGCUGACUCAAUCUCCCGCUCACAUUUACACUGUUUAUCAGUAAGCUGUAGCUAAUUGUCUUCCUUCUAACUACAUCUGUAGUGUUGCAGCUACCCUGCAUACACUGUUAAUUAGAGUAGGCACCAUCAGCCAUGUCCCUGCCCUUGGUGUUGGCCACCUGGGAGGAGUUGCAAUAUUUUAAUUUAUAUGCACUGCAGCAGUACACACUGAGGCUGUUUAUCUAUGGAUAGGUGAUGCCCCCCUCCAAAACUGUGUAUGGAUGUCUCUGCAUGAUAAGUCCCUUCAUUGAACUGAAAUCAUUUGGCAAUUAUAUAAAACUGACUUUUAGGUCUUUUGGCUACAAGAGGUUAGACCAUGUGCGAAGGAAGACAUUAGUGCAAUCACCAUUUUUGUCUGCAUGUACACAUCCCAUGUGAUGAAGAGGAAAAGGCUGGCUUUUGGUCAUUUUCUGCUUUCUAAUACUAGAUACUUCUCUUAGCCUGGUCUUGUGUAUUAUGAUAAAAUCAUAAACAAUUUAAUAAGUAAACAAAUGUAAUUGAAUCAUAAAUACCAGGAAAUUGUGCAAAACACAAAGCAAAGUGUCAAAUAUGAAACCAUGCAGAUGGGCAACUACACACACAUUUUGGGUCAGAUAUCUGUUUCAGACCCUCAGACGAGUUAAUGAGUAAACAUCAGCAUACCAGAUUAUUAGUAUACCCCAAAUGUGGUUAAAUGCCAAUUAUUAAUUGACCAUUUACUGCCGGCUCAGGUUUGGGUUAAUGGGAAGAUGAACAGACAAGACCACGCCAGGCCACAGGGGAAGU